AUGUUGAAGCUUUGGAAAUGGUACCAAAAGUGCUUGGCUGUGCAUCCUGUUAAAACCCAGGUCAUUAGCUCAGGAUUCAUUUGGGGAUUUGGUGAUAUUGCUGCCCAGGCUGUUACAAAUUCAACCGUCAAGAGAUAUCACAAUCAAACUCCUGAUGAUGAUAAAGAAUUCAAGAUUAAUUGGAGACGAGUUGCUACCACAAGCUUGUUUGGAUUUGGAUUUGUUGGACCUGUUGGCCACUUCUGGUACGAAGGACUGGAUCGGUUCAUUAGGCUGCGGCUACAGCUACGACCAAAUUCAUUUCGGUUUGUAACUACAAAAGUAGUAGUUGAUGGUAUGCUCUUUGGGCCAUUGGAUUUACUGGUAUUCUUCACUUACAUGGGGUUUUCAACGGGGAAAAGUGCUGCUCAGGUUAAGGACGGCGUGAAGAGAGAUUUUCUCCCAGCCUUAGUUUUGGAAGGAGGCGUAUGGCCAAUUGUUCAAGUGGUCAACUUUCGAUAUGUUCCCGUGAGGAACAAGAAGGACAAGGGGGAUGAUCUCUUCUCCCGAUCGUUUCCUUUUCAAAUUCAGUUAAGAGUGAUCUUCAUGCCGCUGCAAGUUCCAGCUCCAGCCUCCAGGUUCCAGCCCAGCCUCCAGCAGACCACCGGUGCACGGGCAGCAGCUUCGAAGUCCAGUCCCUGCUCGCGAGUCGCCAGUCUCCAGUUGAGUCGCCGUCUCUCGCCUCUAGCGCCUCGCGGUCUCGCCAGUCGCCUCUAG